AGGAGCACAGACGCUCAACUAGAAGCCCCACCAAAGUGCUAUGAUGGGGGUCCCUGGGGUGCACCAAGAGACUCGAGUGACUUAGACUUGGGAGGGGUGGUCAGGGGCUGGAGCAACCUUGGGCAGGUUACUUAAUCUCUCUCAUCCUCAGUUUCCUAAUCUGUAAAAUGGGCUAGUUGCUACCUAACAGGGCUUUGUGGAGAAUUUGAUGAGGAAUGCAAGUGCUUAGCUCGGCACCCGGCCCAUAGAAGUAAGCACUCAAUUAGCUCCAGCUACCCACGUCGUUCCAUUUGGCCCUCCUAGCCAGAGUGUAAGCUCCAGGGGGCACAGACCAUGUCUGCUUGUGCACUGCUUGUAUUCCCAAUGCCUAGACCAGAGACCAGCACAUAACAGGGGCUCAGGAAAUAUUCAUUUAAUGAGGGUGAAAAAAGGCCGAGGAGAAUUAGGAAGAGGUAGGUCUAUUCCAGCUGCCCUGGAGCUGGCCUGUGGGUGUCCCUCCUGGGCCCCUCUCUACCCUCCCCCCCAUACUCAGAAAGUGCCCCCAGCACCCUUGGCCCCAGCGCAGCGGGGGAACUCCACUCCCACUGCCAGGGUGCCCAUCUGCUUAUCCACCUUUGGAACCCCCACCUCACUGCUUUCCCCAAAGGACAGAUUUUUCUGGCUAUUCCUGAAGCCACCUCACUGCAAGAUGAAAGUACAGCCCUGGGACCCUCCUUUGUGCCCUCCACUCCCCUGUGUCAACAUCAGCCACUCCCCUUGGGAAGCAUCCAUCUUUUCUAAAAAGCAGUAAUGGCAAGCAAGAGCCGGGUGCCCUGUGCAAGGUCACAGUAAGAUGCUCCCAAACUCCAGAUUGGAGCAGGUGGUCCCCAUGCAUGAGUGUCCUUGUGGAGAAGGGGGAUGGACUUUCAGAAGGGGGGGCCUGUGCCGGCAUCUGGGGCGCUGGCGGGACAGGACGUGUGUGAUGCUGCUGAUGGUGGUGAGGGGAAGGAAAGAAACGGUGACUCGGGCUCCACCGGGCAAUGCUGUAUCGGCUUUGAAAAAUGCAUAUGGCUUCAGUGGAGGGUCAUUUAUUCCUUUAUGCAUCUGUCAUUCAGCACCUGUGUUUGGGUAUCUCUCUCCCAGCCCAGGAUAAGGGAUAAGGAUAGGCCCAGACACAACUUCCCGUCCCCUGUGAAGGGAUAUCAGCAUUGACCAGUUGUCACUUUAGGACAAAGCAUCGGGACGAGGGUGUCCCCCACCUGAAGACGACAAGCCAGGUCCCGAGUGAUGCCCCUGAGCUGAAUGUCCACGGCCGGUCUGAGGAGUCCCCACAGCCCCACAUUUCCCAUGGAGAAAGGACUGUCUCUGCCCCAGGACUGCCGGGACUUUGUGCACAGCCUGAGGAUGAGGGGCAAAUAUGCCCUUUUCUUGGCUUUUGUGGUGGUAGUUUUUGUCUUCAUCGAAAAGGAAAAUAAAAUCAUAUCAAGGGUCUCCGACAAGCUGAGGCAGAUCCCCCAAACCCUGGCAGAUGCCAACAGCACCGACCCAGCCCUGGGCUUGGCUGAGAACGCGUCGCUCUUGUCCCUGAGCGAGCUCGACUCCGCCUUUUCCCAGCUGCAGAGCCGCCUCCGCAACCUCAGCCUGCAGCUGGGCGUGGAGGAAGAAGAGGAGGCCGAGGCCGAGCAGCGCCGACCUGGCCCUCCCCGGCGCCACGUGCUCCUCAUGGCCACCACCCGCACGGGCUCCUCGUUCGUGGGCGAGUUCUUCAACCAGCAGGGCAACAUCUUCUACCUCUUCGAGCCGCUGUGGCACAUCGAGCGCACGGUGUCCUUCGAGCCGGGAGGCGCCAGCGCCGCGGGCUCGGCGCUGGUGUACCGCGACGUGCUCAAGCAGCUCUUCCUGUGCGACCUGUACGUCCUGGAGCACUUCAUCACGCCCCUGCCCGAGGACCACCUGACCCAGUUCAUGUUCCGCCGGGGCUCCAGCCGCUCCCUCUGCGAGGACCCGGUCUGCACGCCCUUCGUCAAGAAGGUCUUCGAGAAGUACCACUGCAAGAACCGGCGCUGCGGCCCCCUCAACGUGACGCUGGCCGCCGAGGCCUGCCGCCGCAAGGAGCACAUGGCCCUCAAGGCCGUGCGCAUCCGGCAGCUGGAGUUCCUGCAGCCGCUGGCCGAGGACCCGCGGCUGGACCUGCGAGUCAUCCAGCUGGUGCGCGACCCCCGGGCCGUGCUGGCCUCCCGCAUCGUGGCCUUCGCCGGCAAGUACGAGACCUGGAAGAAGUGGCUCGCGGAGGGGGAGGACCGGCUGAGAGAGGAGGAGGUGCAGCGGCUGCGGGGCAACUGCGAGAGCAUCCGCCUGUCGGCCGAGCUGGGCCUGCGGCAGCCCGCCUGGCUCCGGGGCCGCUACAUGCUGGUGCGCUACGAGGACGUGGCGCGCAGGCCCCUGCAGAAGGCCCGAGAGAUGUACCGCUUCGCGGGCAUCCCCCUGACCCCGCAGGUGGAGGACUGGAUCCAGAAGAACACCCAGGCGGCCCGCGACAGCAGCGGCAUCUACUCCACCCAGAAGAACUCCUCGGAGCAGUUCGAGAAGUGGCGCUUCAGCAUGCCCUUCAAGCUGGCCCAGGUGGUGCAGGCCGCCUGCGGGCCCGCCAUGCGCCUCUUCGGCUACAAACUGGCGCGGGAUGCCGCCUCCCUCACCAACCGCUCUGUCAGCCUGCUGGAGGAACGGGGCACCUUCUGGGUCACGUAGGGGGCCUGGAGCCCUGGGUACCCCUCCUGGUGAAAGGCCCGCCCUGCCUUCCUCACACCCAGGCCAGCGGUGAGAUGCGGCCCAAGCUCAGGGCGGGCGGGACGCUGCCCGGUGAGCAGGCAGACCCUCGCUGUAGCAGUAGGCCCCCAGCCAGCUAGCGUCCCCGCCACGGCCACAGGCCCUGGGGUUUCCCUCUGAGAACAGGACAGUGCCUGGGCCCUUUGUGGGGCGUCACACCCAGACCUGAGGGGCUACAGCCUCCUGGGCAGGCCCAGACCGGCUGGGGCCUAUUGACAAGC